GUUUAACAAUGGACAGCUGUUGGUGAUUGACAGCUCAGACCUCAGCACAUUGUCUGAAUGAGGAUCAGGUGCAACAAGAAGUGUGUGCACCCACGCCCAUCCUGUCAGCAGCGGCCGCAGCAUGUGGGUCCUCCCCACUGGGCCCCUGCGUCUUAUGGGACGAACAAUAUGUGGAUGGUGUGGACAAUGGGGCUGCGGUAGGAGGACAUAGCCCCACGUGCACUGUGUGUUUGUGUGUGGAUCUCCGACUUUGUGCAGUUAAUUUCCAUGCAGGUGAAAAUAUAGAUCUUCUGUAUUAUUCCCCUGCAUUUGUGUGUUUGUGUGUGUGUGAGUGGGACCAUGCCUGGUUUCGAAAAUGGCUUGUCAAUGCGACGCACCCUCACCUUUGCCACGGGCCUGGUGGAGUGUCUGUGUUUUGCUGGAGCUGUGUUCGGAUGGGCUUCGCUUGUUUUCAUCUUGAAGACAGAGGGCUACUUCAGCGAUCUGUGCGUCAACACCACAGGAGUCAAUGGAACUCAGGUCUUAGAUUGCAGUGGACAGGAUGAGCAGUUCUCACUUGUCUUCACCAUCGCUUCCUUCAUGAACAAUUUCCUAACGUUGCCCAAUGGUUUCCUCUUUGAUCAUUUUGGCACGACAGUGGCCCGGCUCUUUGGAAUAUUUCUUUACACCAUGGGCACUUUGAUGGUGGCCUUCUCCUCUUCAGCUCUGUCCAACCUGCUCUUCCCAGCUAUCACCCUCCUGGCAGUCGGCGGCAUCUUGUUUCUGAUGACCAACAUGCAGGUUGGAAACUUGUUCGGCUCACAUCGUUCCACCAUCAUCACUUUCUAUAACGGAGCCUUUGACUCGUCCUCAGCCCUGUUUUUUAUCAUCAAGUUGUUACAUGAGGUUGGAGUCUCCCUCCGAUCCGCCUUCCUCUUCCUGGCGGCCUGCAGCAUAAUUCAUGUGCUCAGGACUUUCUUCUUGUUGCCUAGAAGAUUCAUUCCCUACCCGCUGCCUGAUAACUACACCUACGGGAUAACAUGCGGUAAAUCAACCACCCUGAGCUCCAAAGUGGCGGAGAAUGGGAACACGGAGACAGACGAGACGCACGCACCGCUCGACAAGGACGCCCCUGUGAAACAAGAGAAGAGUUUCCGUGAGUGUUUGCUGUCCAGGUUCUUUGUGUUCCACCUGCUCUGGUUGUCGGUGAUGCAGCUCAGACAUUACCUGUUUAUCGGCACCCUCAACCCCAUGCUGGAUGGGCUGACAGCUGGAGAGCCCUCGCUGGUGAGCAAGUACAUCAAUGCCUUUGCCAUCACCCAGCUGUGUGGGGUGCUCUGCGCCCCCUGGAACGGCCUCAUCAUGGACAGACACAAGGGCAAACCUCUUGCUCUGGGCGAGAGUGAACAGGAGGCCGACCUGCGGGCCACCGUGCUCUCUCUCUUCCUGACAGCGCUGCAGUGUGUGUUUUUCUCAGUUUGUGCCACCAUCCCGUACCUGCCUCUUCAGUACCUCACCUUCAUCCUGCAGGUGCUCAACCGCUCCUUCCUCUACGGCGGCAACGCGGCCUUCCUCAGUGUGGCUUUCCCGUCUCGUCACUUUGGGAAGCUCUACGGUCUGAUCAUGGCUCUGUCUGCGGUGGUUGCCUUACUGCAGUAUCCCUUCGUCACUCUGGUGAAUGGACGUCUGGGUGGAGACCCUUUAUAUCUGAACAUCGCUCUGACACUGCUCAGCCUGCUCGCCUUCAUCCAUCCCCUCUCCGUUUACCUGCACUGUCGAGGUCUGGCCUCGCAGCGAGCCUAAAGCCAAGCUGCCUUCUCUCAAUGUCUGUGAAUCGAGACAAAACUUCAAAUGUAUUUUAUAUCUGCAGUGACACUGUUACCUCCUCAGUAUGUGUGUUUAUGGCUGUGUUGCCACAUGUGGGACAUAACAUCAUGCGUUCAUAAAUGCUUUUCAGAUUGUAGUAAAAUGUGGCUUUGAUACAGUCACAGUGCGUUCGCCACACUCCAAAAGCUUGUUCACUUCUAUAUUGAAUGUGGUUCCCAGCCUGCUCUGACUGUAUAGGUUACACAAAGUUUGCACAGAUAUAUCAGUUUAUUUUUUUAUUUUAUUUUUACACUGUUCACUAUAUUUUUUCACUUUCAUCUGAGUGCUUUUCUAAAUCACUUGGUUACAAUGCAACAUGUGGUGCUAAAGGUUUUUGGGGGUCUGUUUGUUUUCCUGUUAUUGUAAAAAGCUGAAAGAGAAACAUUUAGAAGGACGUAAGAGACAUCUAGGAGCUAAAAUUACAAUCACCAGACAUGAAACUGAAGCAGUGAAGCCCCUCGGCUCGGGCAAAGGUCAUCAACUUUUACUCUAUUUACAUUUGGCAUUUAAAUGUGUUUUUAGGUGAUUGGGUCACAAGCUUGACCACCUGGAUGCAGAUUUAGCACAGCUCUGCCCUCUGCUGUUUUACAAACACAUGUCACUCCUGUCAUUCUCAGGUGUUUAGUAUUUAUACAGCAGAGUGACACAAUUUCUUACGUCAACUCCUACCUGCCAACUGAUGUUGACAUAUAAAGAAUUGAGUGUUUCAGUUUUAUGUUUUCUCUGUAUUUUGUUUCCAAAUAGCUGAAGAGCUUUGUUGAAACUGAACUAUAAAUAUGCAAAUAUUAUCAUUGUGCUCCAAUAAAUGAAAUAUGCCUUUUGAUAUGAACUUAAGUGAAGUGGUAAAGGGCAUUAUUCUAUUUUGAUACUUUUGCCCAAAUAAAUAUUUCUGUUCUCCACCGUUGAGAAGAAUAAUGUACAGGUGGCAUUACAACAACCGAAAUCUAUUAAAC